CGCAAGCCAUAGACAACAUACCUAUGUCUUAUGCCUGCCCUGACUCUUGCCCUGCUUUACAUUGGCUGGCUUCUGCAUACCUUAUGUGAACACGAGCUGACACUUAUUCAUACCGUCCCAAACUUGUAAAAGUCCUCAGCUCUACUAUUCUUGGGUUCUCUCAUCUAAAGGAAGACGUGAACACUUUCCAUCUUCGAUGAUCCAGCAACGGCAGCUCUUGCCUUUCUCCUCGACAUCCACGUGACUACGACUAGGUUGAUAACGGCAAGCUUCCAUGACUCCGGAUGUGCAAAUACAUCAAACAUCACGUUGAUGCUUGCGUCUUCUCGGUACUUGUUCUUUUCAGGGCAAAAGGAUUUUCAUUUUGCAUCCGAUUGGUAACACCCCGCAAGCAUGAUCCUCGGGCUAGUCAAAUGCUACUCUUAAGCCUAGUGAGCUUGGAUGCGGGGGAGUGAGAGGUACGUGGCCGAACUGCGAAGGUACAGAAGGUCGGGAGAUGUGUCGCAAGGAUUGCAUGAUCUCUUCAAGCAUGAGGCCUUGUUGUUCUCACCGCUCCCAAUUCAUCUCUUUAUCUUACGCCUCGAACUGUCCUGAGUCUCAACGUUCAAUAUGGCAGACACUAAUGAAGUCGAUGGCACUUCUUCCAAUGCCCUCUGUACGGUCGAUGAGUUUGUGUCUCAGCAGUACGACUUUGUGGUCGUCGGUGGAGGGACAGCAGGCUUGUGUGUGGCAGCCCGAUUGACGGAAGAUCCCAACAUCUCUGUAGCUGUCCUCGAGGCUGGAGAAAACCGAAUGGAUGAUCCCAAGGUCUCGACGCCAGCUUUUUAUCCAACGAUGGUAGGUCGACAUUCCAGACAUCUGCUCAUCUUCUGCAUCCUAUUUUGCCAGACGAAUGCCGACUACUUUCAUGGAGACCUCCUUCCCAGACAAUAUUCGAUCCAGAGUGGUGUUUACCAUGUGACUUUCACCACGUGACAAGGCUGAGCCAUAGCAUGGCUACGUAUCUGCUACACAAGUACUGUCUCCAUGGAGGCAAGCAUAUGGCGGUUUGCGUGGCAGCAGCUCUUCAUGCAAUCCCUCUUGUGCCCUACUGAUCCUCAAGCUAUCAUCCCUUGCUUACCUAAUCCCAGAUCGGCCGCAAAGAAUACGACUGGUGCAUGACUUCCACCCCGCAACCAAAUGCCGGCAACAAGGUCUACUCGAUGCCACGAGGCAGACUCUUGGGCGGCUCCUCCGGCAUCAACUAUCUCAUGUACGUUCGUGGGAGUAGAAAUUGCUAUGAUGUCGGCUGGGAAUCCAUCGGCAACAAGGGCUGGGGAUGGGACGGCCUGGCUCCCUAUUUCCUCAAGCACCAAACUCUUGACGUGACGUCUGUCCACGACGAUCCUCAAUUCAUGCCCGUGGCAGGAGGCGACGAGUUUCACGGCAGGAACGGCCCCAUCCACACCAGCUUCAAUGACUGGUACAGCCCGUUCGAGGUCGAUUUCGCCGAGGCCGCAUACGCUGUAACCGGAACCAAGAAGACUAUCCAUGACGCAUGGAGCGGUGACCAUAUGGGCUUCUACUCCAGCCUCGGUGCCGUGAAUAGGACCGAUGACCCGGGGAAACGAUCCUACGCUGCCACAGGGUACCUCCGGCCAAACCUGCACAGGUCGAAUCUGAAAGUCCUGACCGAGGCACAGGCGACUCGAAUCAUCUUGGAUGGGACCACCGCCAAAGGUGUAGAGUUCGUCCACAAGGGUCAAAAGUAUAGCGUCAAUGCGACUAGGGAGGUCAUCUUGUCUGCCGGUGUUAUCCAGAGCCCGCAACUCCUGGAGCUUUCUGGCAUCGGCGAUCCGGAAGUUCUCAAAGCAGCCGGCGUGGACUGUGUUGUCGAAAACAAAGGCGUAGGCGCGAAUUUCCAGGAUCAUGUGCUCGGAGGGCUGCUGUACUACUUGAAACCCGGAAUCACGUCUCUGGAUGCCUUGCACGGUGAAGAGUUCAUGAAAAUGCAACAAGACGUCUACCAGCAGAGCGCAAAGGGCCCGUACGCAUCGCCUGGGAUGAUGAUGGGCUUCGUUUCUUAUGCGUCGCUGGUCUCGCCUGAAGAGUUAGAGACCACCAUCAAGGAGAUUCAGGAUAAGUCUCUGGCGAGGACGGAUUUCGAGAAGGCUCAAGAGAAGGCCAUUGUCGAUCAACUCCGGGACCCUACCUUCGCCAACCUUCAAACGUUCUGUAUUGGCUGCCGUCUUGACGUCGCAAAGGGCUCUGACCAGACACAAUUCUUCUCUGCUCCGCCUCCUGGACGACAGCAGAUUUCCCUUCUCAUGUGCCUGGAGCACCCUUUGUCUCGGGGCACCGUACACAUAAAGUCUGCGGAUCCUCUGGCUGCGCCGGAAAUCGACCCAGGCUAUUUCCGCAAUGAGGUUGACGCCAAGAUUCUGGCAGCCGGAAUGGGCUGGAUGGACCGAGUGGCCAAACAUCCUGUCCUAGCCAAAUCUCUCGACGAGCGUGAACUGCCGCCUCCAAAUGUCAGUCUUGACAGUGAAGAAGAGAGGAUCGAAUACGUCAAGAACCACAUCAGCACACAGUACCAUCUCAUUGGCACCUGCGCCCUGGGAGAAGUCGUGGAUAAUGAGUUGAGGGUGAAAGGCGUCCAAGGUCUUCGAGUGGUUGAUGCUUCGAUUUUCCCAGGUCAUGUGUCCGGAAAUAUCAUGGCGACCACGUAUGCCGUAGCCGAGAAAGGCGCCGACAUCAUCAAAGCCUCCAUCAAGGCAUAAGGGUCGCGGAGACCUUCCAUUCCAUAUGAAUCAUAAUGCUCCUCGUGGCCU